AAUUAAUGAAGUUGCUAAGAGGCGCGGCUAAUCUUUCUAGAUCUGAUAUAGUCAACUAUAAAUUGGUAAAAUUUAGCAGAAACUGUUGUGUGUCUCUAGUAAGUAAAUAUGGCGUGUUUUUUCACUGUCCUAGCGGCAGUCUUAGGAGUGGUAGCUGCGUUAAACACUGACAUACCAGCACCCAGUCAAUUCGCCUUUAUCCUGAGCGAAGAUGGCUUCGAAGACUACCUCGAUUCCUGGCUUGAAAUCGAAGAAGCGAAAUUCCGCAUGGCAACUCCUACAGAUGCGCGUAGUAGCACCGGUUGCUCGUUCAGUGUAAAUGGUGGUAUUGGACAACCGCAGCCCGUUUUCCUUCGCAACGACAAUUAUGUGGUACCCACUGGAACCACCGGCCAAAUAAACCUGAACGCCGGCGAACAAGUGAUCGUCUCAUGCACCGGCUCUAAGCGUAUCCUGCAUCCUAACGUCACUACCAACGUUUUUACUGCUCCUGCAACCUGUGAGAACAAUGAGCUGGUUUCCGGUGACGGUUGGUUGGACGGCAAUGGAGCGUUCAGUGAACUGACUUGCUCUGCUCACCCAAGCCACGAAGCUCUAUUAACCACUGAUACGUGCUAUAAUAACAACCGUGUUAUUAGGGUCGGUUACACUGUCGAAGGAGUCUUCUAUCCUCUUUACUGGUCUUGUUUCGACCAGGAUCGUCUAGAGGUUCUUUACGUCUGGUAUGAACAGAACCCACCCAAUGCUGUGCACCAGACCAAUGUGAAUAGACCUAGCUGGUCAGCUGGCUCAUUCUACCCUGGUGUAAAUGUUAAUACAAUGUAUACUCAGGCUCAACAGAAGACUACGAUUGCAACUGUGGUUGGCAAUGACCUGGCUGAUAAAUAUAUUACAAAUCUUCAGUACUUGGCCCGAGGUCACCUUGCUGCUAAAACAGAUUUUAUCUAUGCGAGCGGGCAGAGAGCUACAUUUUACUUCAUCAAUGCAGCUCCUCAAUGGCAGCCCAUAAAUGCUGGUAACUGGAAUUGGCUGGAACAAAACCUACGCACUCGCAUUGGUGAAGCCGGUUACCAAACCGUCGUAUACUCAGGCACCUUCGGCGUGACUCAGCUACGGGAUCAGAAUGAUACCCUCGUUGACAUCUAUCUGUACAGAGACGCUAACAACAACCCACAAAUUCCUGUGCCUCUCUAUUAUUACAAGGUGGUCCAUGACGCCUCUCGUCGCAUCGGCACAGCAUUCGUCACCAUCAACAACCCAUACUACACUGAGACGGAGGUUCAAGCUCUCACAUUUUGCACGGAUCGCUGCCUCAACAACACUGCAUUCGACUGGCUGAAGUGGGACCAGAACAACAUAGAGAUAGGAUACAGCUUCUGCUGUACGAUUGACGAGUUCAGGAGAACUAUUCCGCAUCUACCAAGUUUUUCUGUCGAUGGCCUUCUUUCGUAGCAAAUUGUACCCAUAUAAUUUUUGUACUAGGUAAAUAAAAUGUUAAAAGAAA